AUGGAGCCCAAGUCAGCCGUCCUUGCCAUCGCGAUGAUGUGCCUCGCGCUGCCCCGGGCCACAUUGUCACAGCGGACAUCGUCACCGGUAGUCGAAACGCCGGCGCCGGCGCCGGCGCCGCACCACGUCAACCUCACCGAGCUGCUCGCCCUCGCGGGGCCAUACGGGACGUUCCUGGACUACCUCACCCGGACCGACGUGAUCCGGACGUUCCAGAGCCAGGCCAACGCCACCACCGACCACUACCACGACCAGGGCGGCGUCACUGUGUUCGCGCCGCAGGACUCGGCGUUCGCGGCCGUCGACGGCGCCGCUGUCCAACCUCACCGCGGACCAGCUCCGGACGCUCAUGCUGUGCCACGGCGUGCCUCGGUACCUCCCGCUCUCCUCCUUCGCGGCGCUGGCAGCGUCGGGACCCGUGCCCACGUUCGCGGGGGCGUGCCGGGGUGCGCGCUGAACGUCACCGACGCCGCCGGGAGGAUCCACGUCGCGUCGGGCUGGACCCGGGCGGCCAGGCUCGUCAGCAGCGUGUACUCCACGCCGCCGGUCGCCGUGUACGCGCUCGACAGGGUGCUGCUGCCGGAGCAGGUGUUCCCGACCGAGCCCGCCGUGGCGCCCGCGCCGGCGGGGGCGGGGGUGACGCGACCGACGCCGUGCCGGCCGCUACCGAGCGUGGAGACAGCAAGAGUUCGUCGUGCCGGUUCGGUGCACGUCGCGUUCUCGUUGGAUACUUGGCCUUGA